AGAGCUGGGGGACGUCUCAUUUUAAUCAGAAAUGUGCGGGCUACAAUCAUGCAACAUUAAGAAAAGGUUUUGGUUAUUUUUUAAAGUUUCGAAAAAACUGGUUUUCCAGAAAACCGAUCUUUGAAGAUCUAGCAGCAGUCAUGAUGAUAUUCGGAAUUAGCAUGGUUGAUUACCUAUAGUCAAUUAGGUUUUGACUGGAAAACGAUUUAUAAGUUGGUGGAUCUCCCUCGUGAGUAAUAGGCAUUGGCAUAGAUCACAAUCGAAGGUUGUAUAAAACAUAAACAUAAAGAUAAAAAUAUCGCUGUAUUUUCUAUCGUCAUUAUACUGGAUCAUUUACAUUUUCUGGUUUUUAGAUAUGAACGAGUCUAGAAAUGUUUUUCAAGUAUUAGAAAGUAAAAUAUCAAAAAUUAAUUAUAAAUCAUCAGAUAAAUAUGAUCAAGAUUAUUUUAAAAAUUAUGGUUUGAAAAAUGUCGACAUUCGUUCGUAUCAACUACAUGGAAUUAAAUGGUUAAUUGAACGGUAUGAAGCCGAUCAUGGAUGUAUAUUGAGUGAUGAAAUGGGUUUGGGAAAAACGUUGCAGACAAUUGUAUUUUUAUUAUACGUAAGUAAAAUUCGUAAAAGAUCACCAUCAAUUGUUAUUUGUCCAUUAUCUGUAAUACAAAAUUGGACCAGAGAACUAAAAACCUUUGUACCAGAUCUGAUUGUCCAUGUAUUUAUGGGAACGAAAGAAGAACGUCAAAAGUUAGCCGAAAAUAUAAAACAAUCAACAUUUGAUAUCUUACUAACGACAUACGAGUUAGUGAUAAAAGAUCCACAUUUUUUCGGUAGUUUUAAAUGGCACGUGCUCGUUAUUGAUGAAGCUCAUCGAAUUAAAAAUGCACAGUCUCUAUUACAUACAACGUUAGCAGAUUUAUCUGUUCCGUUUAACGUUCUUUUGACAGGCACACCGAUUCAAAAUAAUCUAUCUGAAUUAUACUCAUUAUUAUCAUUUUGUGCAAGCAAAGUGUUUCAGCCUCGUCAUCAUGACGAUUUUGUUAAAUACUUUAAUUUGAGCGCUGAAGAGAAUAGUCAAAAAUUAAUUGAUUUAUUGAAACCGUUUAUAUUGAGACGUUUAAAAUCAAACGUUUUAAAAGAUUUACCGAACAAAAUUGAAUUGAUUCUGUAUCAUGAUUUAUCAAAAAUACAAAAAGAUCUUUAUAAAGCAUUAUUAACAAAAAAUCGAUCAAUAUUUGGCGAUAAUGAAUCGGCGAGUAAAACACGACUUGUUAAUAUUUUAAUGCAGUUAAGAAAAUGUAUUGGUCAUCCGUACUUAUUUCCAGGCAUUGAACCAGAGCCAUUUGAAAUUGGUGAACAUUUAAUCGAAGCAAGUGGAAAAUUAUCUCUACUUGAUUUACUAUUAAAUCAUUUGUUUAAAAAUGGACAUAAGGUGUUAUUAUUUUCUCAAUUCACCGGUUCCCUGGAUGUUAUUCAAGAUUAUUUAGCCUACAGAGAUUAUACAUAUGAACGUCUGGAUGGAAGUGUGAGAAGUGAAGAAAGAUUUCUUGCAGUGAAUAAUUUUAAUAAAAAUGAAGAUACAUUUAUAUUCUUGCUAAGUACAAAAGCAGGCGGUGUUGGACUAAAUUUGACGGCAGCUGAUACGGUGAUAUUUUAUGAUAGUGAUUUUAAUCCACAAAAUGAUCUACAAGCAGCUGAUAGAGCUCAUCGUAUUGGUCAGACACGACCGGUUCGAAUUCUUCGACUUAUAUGUCGUAAUUCGUUCGAAGAAGUUAUUUUACGUCGUGCUGAAUUAAAAUUGAAAUUAUCCAAAACCAUAAUGGAAAACAAUGAAUUAGCUUCUAGUUUAAAUACAAUAAUUGAUACAAAUACUCAUUUAACAGAUGCUUUAAAAAUUGGUAUUGAUAAAUUACUUGAUGAAACAAAUCAAAUGGAUUAUAAAACUGUUGAUUUUAAUAAAUUAAUUGGGAAGACCGAUCAUAAAGGAAGAUGGUUGGAUUUAGAAGUGGAAAAUGAAGAAAAAAAGGAACCUAUUGUUGAAAAUGUGAAUGAAAUUGGAGAUGAUUUGUACCUUUUUGAAGGUGUCGAUUAUAGACGUCAUAUAACAGGUGAUGAUGAUGAUCAAAAAGUAUUCAAUAGUUUAAUUAACAUAAAUAUUAAUGAAAACGAUGACACGGCAACAUCGAGUAGUCGACGGACCACAGCAUCAUCAUCAACACAAAGACAACGCCGUCAAUUAACGGACGAGGAGAAAGAAGCUAGAAAAAAGAAAAUGUUAGAGACAAAAGCCAGAAAUCAAAGACAAUUGGAAGAGGCUGCAUUAGAACGUGCUCAAAGAAAAAGAGAAAACUUAAAAGAAAAAUGGAAAAACAACAAUUAUCAUUCAUGCCGAAUAUCAAUAUCCGAUACCGAGGAUGAAAGCGAGAAUAAAAAUGAAUUUUAUCCCACAACAACGCUUGAUGAUGAUGAAGAGCCAGUAGAUGAACAAAAUAAACAAUUGAAUUAUGUAAUCGGUGAUCUUAUGAAACCUAAAAUAGGCGAUGAAAAAAAUGCACUUAUUGUACAUUGUGUCGACGAUUCUGGUCGUUGGUCUUCAGGUGGUGUAUUUGGCUCAAUCUCAAAACGAUCACUGGAACCCGAAAAACAAUACAUUCUAGCGUCAAAAAUGCAUGAUCUAUCUCUCGGUGAUGUUCAUAUUAUUAAACUAGAUGAUUGUGGUGGUGAUAGUGAAGAUGAAGAUGAUAAUCAAAAGCAAUGUGAUUUAUAUGUGGCAUUAAUUGUUGCUCAACAUCGUAGUCAUAAUGGAGAGUUGUCAGGCAUAAAACUACAUGCAUUAGAUAUGGCGUUGAAGGCGUUGUCAACAAAAGCAAAACAAUUAAAAGCAAGUGUACAUUUACCGCGAAUUGGUUAUGCAACACAAGGUUUCAAUUGGUACGGUACCGAGAAGUUAAUCAAGAAAUAUUUGUCAUCACAAAAAAUACCAUCCUAUGUCUACUAUUUUAAACGACAACAAACAACGACAAGUAAAAGAUCUUUUAAUGAAACAAAAUCUGAAGAGGAAAAACAUAAAUCAAAAACGGAUAGUGAUGGAUUUUAUGACGGUGAGAUUAGUUGUUGUUCUCUUUCUGUUUUAAUCAUGUUCAUAUUGUCGGUUUUUUUUCGUUUUGCAGAAGAAACAGACGAAGAUGAAGAACCACCUCGAACAAAAUUAAAAAUUAAUUUACCACAUUAUUUUUCCGAUAUUCAUAUUUAUUUUCAUGAUGUUGAUCAACAAGUCAUUGAAAGAUUGCAACGAUUUAUCAUUGCUUUCGAUGGUAAUAUUGACGAACAAAUUGAUGAGAAAAAAACAACUCAUAUAAUAACGUAUGGUGACUGUAAACACGAUCUACAGGCAUUACAAGAUGCUUGUCCAACAGCAAAAAUUGCUAGCAUCGAAUGGUUGGAAGAAUGUAUCAAUAAAGGUCAAAUGGUUGAAAUUGAUUUUUACAAAAUAUAA